CUCUCUCCACAGCUACUAUUUGACUAGCUACUCUGGACUUUAUGGGCUGGAUAAUUGGCAGCUCUAUAGCGCUUAAUGUUGACAAUGGAGCACUUCUUGUGCUCGGCGCUUACCCAAAGCACGGACCAAAGGCUGCAGAAGUAAGCGCCACGAUAUUGACGUAAUGCCCUGCAGCUGACCCGAAAGAUCGAAGCCUUUGUGAUUCAAUUCGCCAAGAAGGCUGCAGAGCGAGAGGCUUCUCUUGUUUCUGGAAAUGGCUCAGUCAUUGGCAAUGCGCUCCUCGAGGGUGUUCAACAGGCAUGUGGCUCUGAAGCUCUCCAAUACCUCUGCAAUAUUCCAACAAAGCAACAUGGCACUGUCGCAGAAAUGACGCAUGCUGCCCGUAGUCGCUACUUUUACAAUGUUCGCCAGGACCUGAUUUCCAAAGCAAAUAUUAUGAUCAUCAUCUCUGGAGAGAAGCAUGGCAAAGAUGGAUCAAUGGUCCAUUCAGACACAGUAAUGAGCGAGUACACACUCGGUAUUGAGCACGGACGCUUCGCUAUUCCUGUGGCAACUUUUGGAGGCUGUUCUGAGAUUGUGCAUACAAAAAUUGCGCAAGAUAUCAAGAAGCGCAUGCACCCUUAUUCCGCUUUGCCAAACGGACUCUUUGCUAAGCUCGCAGACAAAGAGACUAGCACAGAUGAGAUGAUUGAGACUGUCUUUGAUAUCGCUGAUUGGAUUGUCGAACACAAACUUGCAGCUUCAUCAAGGAGGUCGAGCAUUGCAUCUGAUGGUGGGGCACAUCCAUUCCAUUCUCGAACACCGUCUGGAGUGUCUCUGCGUGGCUCGGAGAGGCCAAGAAGCAGUAAUCAUCAGACGAACAAGACAUCACCAUGAGUUGCUCGUUCUGGGUACCACCGCAAGUACAUGUAUAGCUUUGGCA